UCAUAGACACUCCUAGGGCUGGGUGCUGCCUGCACCAUCACACACACAGAUCCCUGUCAGCUCCUGAGAAGACAAGAUCUGAGGGGGAUUCCAGGAGACCAUGUCAGGCCUAGGUGGUGUGCCCCAAAAUAGCAGUCGCAAACUUCUUCAGACACAGGCACAGGUCAAUGAGGUGGUGGAUAUCAUGCGUGUUAAUGUGGACAAGGUCCUGGACAGAGAUCAGAAGUUAUCAGAGCUGGACAACAGGGCCGAUGCCUUGCAGGCCGGAGCAUCACAGUUUGAGACCAGUGCAGCUAAACUGAAGAGGAAAUAUUGGUGGAGGAACUGUAAGAUGAUGCUUGUUAUGGGAGCAGUAGGCGUGCUAAUGUUCCUCAUUCUUAUUAUUUAUUUCUGCACUUGAUGCUGUGAACUCCGGCACUUAUAUUUUCCUUACCGUCAUCACCUCCCUAGUUCUCCCUUUAUUCUUAGUGUUCCUCCAUCUGAUAGGACAUCAUCAUAGUGACCUCCUUCUUUUCCUAUGUUCUGAGAGUGCCAUACUUGACUGAUGUCUGGUCAGAUUCAAUGCGCAACUAAUAAACCAGUAUAGACCAUAUCGGUGCAUAAACGUGACAUAUGGGGCUAUCGAGAGACACAGCAAAUAUAAUUCUUGCCAAAUAAAAGAACGUUUGUUAU